ACGUUAGAGGGGACGGUUUGCGUAGUAAAAAAACUGGCAAUACCAUCAAACUACUUGUUUAAACUUUUCUUAUGGUUGGUUCGCUCUGACAGAAAACGAAGGAGUACUCAUAGAGGUAAAAUAUAAUGGCUACAAAGACGCUCACGGGUGUUAUUGUCGAUGUCUCUGGAUCCAUGGAAGAAAACGCUGUUGGCAGUAGAGAAGAGGAAGGGGAAUAUGUACGAUCCACUUUCCAGGUCAUAGAUGAUGUCAUAAAACAUGACGUUUCGAGCGACAAUCAUGUGUUCGCAAUUGGUGUUGGUGGGACAAGUCAGAGUGGUGUUUUUGACAUGUUACGCGCAAUCCAACUUACAAACGAACUACAGGAUGACACUUCACCAGCAACAAGUGACCAGAUAGAGCAAAUUUAUAGAAUUCUGGAGCAAAGUGGAGCAAUAAAUGUGAGACGUUGGGCUGAUCCUGAAAGGGUUAAGCCAUUCCUUACAUAUAAGAAGGCUGACCACAUAUAUCGUCAUUUGAAAAACGAUCGUGAUUUCGCAAAAACAUUUGUCUAUGAAUGUCUGCCUUUGGUUUGUAGAGAUUUGGGCAAUGACACCAUUAAAGAUGUACCUUUAGUUGGAAGGUUUUUCAGCGACAUAUUGAAUGUGAGCCAAACGGUAGCUACAUCAGCAGUCACAGGAGUUGGAAUAACGGCUACAGACAGCAGUAUUGAAAACACUGUGCAAAAUGGAAUAAAAAUGAUUAUGUUGAUAGGUGUUGAUAAGAAAUCCAUCUUCGACGUUCAGGCAGCUGCUUCCAUUUUACGAGCAACAACAAUGGAAAAAGAACUUACAUCGAAGAGAAGAAAAGAAAUUCUCAAAAAAGUCAAACCAUUCAUUUAUGGACGAACCCCGAUGUUCAGCGCCUUAAAUUCGGCGUUAACCUUAUUUGAAAACAAGGUCGAUUCGAAAAAAGUUUUGGUUAUAUUGUCAGAUGGUGAACCAACUGAACGUGGAGAUCUCUACGAUGUUUCCCGUAACCUUCGUUCUCUUCAAGUGGACGUUGUAUGCUGUUUUAUUCACAGGGGAUCGCGCAUCAGCCCAAAGCGAUUGUUUUGUUCCACUGAGAACAGCUGGGAAGGGGGAGCAAGAUUCCUAUUCGAGCUCAGUUUGCACGUCCCAAGUAACCUCAUGCCUCGCGCUAUUCUUCUUAAAAAUGGCUGGGACCUUGAACUAGAGAAAAACGAAACCAAGCUGUUUGUACAUGUUAACCAUCCAGACCACAUCGAAGAUUUCUGCAGAGUAGCUAAAAAUACUAUCUGCUGCCAGGAGUACUUGUCAGACUUACUUGUUACCAUUGCUGUGGACAUCUAUAUCAACCAAAGUACAACAGCCUUAUCUGCAAAGGAACAGGUUGGCGGUACUUGCUACGCAAACGCGUCUGCUGCUGCUAUCCAUAUGGCAACGAAGAGAAUCCACGGCCGAGAAGGUGGCUACCCGGAAUUCACCACGCUACGGCAAGAGAUGAUAACUGCCCAUGGUAAUAUGGGUGCAAAUACCUUCAGGGUGUUACAGACUAUGUGCCCAAGAUACCGGCUCAGAUGUCAUGAAAUAAGUUCACAGGGCGCACUCGAAGCAGUUGUUGCCAAGCGAAUUGUCGUUGCUAAGUUUCGCCUGACAGAUAGAGAACGGGACAUUUUUGACGAUUUCUACGAACGCCAACCUACCGGCAUUCUAACAAGAGCAAUUAUUGAUGUACGUCAUCGGUCACCGUCCGAAAUUCCCAGCGGCCAUGCUGUGGUCUUGAUCAGCUAUAAUAGCCGUUGUCUCAUCCUGAUGAACUCAUGGGGAGAUCACUGGGGAGAUAUGGGCUUCUUCAGAGUCGAAAGUGCCGACGUGCUUGGUCUUGAAUUCAUGGACGUGUAUUGGAUUGAGGCUGAUCUGACCGAAAACGAAAAGGCCAGUUACCGUUACCAUGGUCCUGAAGUUGCUAGGAAACUCAUGUCAAUGCUAAAGGGUCUUCAGGUUCAAACAUACACCUGUCCACUCUGUGCUCGGAGUCCCCUGGUGACUGAAUACACGGGAACCCUUUCCAAUGCAAAGUGCCCGAGAUGUUAUGGUGAGUUUCCCUGCAGCGAAGCCGGGAACAUUCUUGCUAUGAACAUGUACCUGACCUCGCUAAGCAGAACAGAUUGACAUUAAGACGGAUGAUUUCCUUGAAACAAGCGCAUUGAUGCAUCCACUAUUUUGUUUGUUCAGAUCUUACACUGUGUUUUACUACUAUCGAGAUGUCGACAUUUUUGUGUGAACUACCCAAACGAUAAAUUACACUGUUUGUUUUAUAAAACGAGGAACCCAAGAAAAAGGGUCAUCAGAGUGGAUAAAACAAAUUGUGUGUGUGUGUAUGUGUGUGUCUGCGUGUGCGCACGCGCGUGUGUGUGUGUGUGCGUGUGUGUGUGUGUGUGUGUGUGUGUGUGUGAAAAUCAGUUUAAACAAAAAUAUUGUACUACAUUAUCAUGAUCGUGAUCGCUUAUGGUCUAUGCUUGCCCGUGUAUUCCGCGUAAAAUAUUCUCCUGGUGUAAUAUGUGUAUGUCCGUGUGUAAAACACGAUUUAUUUCAAAUACGACGUCAAUUGUUGAUUUGUAGUAGUUAUCAUUAUUGAUUUAACUUGUAUUUACUUGUACAUUGGUCAUGUUUGAGUAUAAUGUUUCGAAACAAAAUAAGACUAUUCAAGAUAACUCAAUGCUACUCAUUCCAUGUGUGUAUUUUUAAGUACAUAAACAUUAUUCCUAUUGUUUUAUAGCUACGUGCUUGACAUUUUCAAAAAUAUGGUUACUUUGCCUAAUUAAUGUUGUAUUGUACUAAAUGACAUUAAAGUUUAGUUUCAAUUUGUGUUAUGAAAGAUGGCGUUUGUUUUGCUAAACUAGUAUACAUGUGAUAUAAUGUGUUCAUUGGUAUGCAUACGAGGAUUGCACUAAAAUUUUAUGCACAAAAUUGAUAUUUUCUUUUUCUGCAGUUACUUAUGAAUAGCAUAGAUAUUGUGAACGUUACUAUGGUAGUAUUUAGUUGAUAAAUACUUCUAUAUAUUAAGCGACUCGUACAUAACAAGUCAGAAAAAAUAUGUAAAAAAAUAAAAUAUUUGUUAUAACAUUCUAUAUUUUUCGAUAUCACUUUGUGAUAAAACAAUCAAUCAUGCGCCAUACAAGAUUUGUUUAAAUUCUGACAAAAAAGUAUUUAAGGAUAUUGUACAAAUAAUCUCAUUCAUGUGAAAAUCAUCAGAUAGCCGUGAGAACAAAUUUAUACAACACAUUUUUCUGAUCAACGCAUUCCGUGAUCUUUCUUCUUGUAUAUACAAAUAAUAAGGCUGAUUGAAGUCAUUUUUACGUUAUACUUUGCAUGUGUUUACGACAAAUUAGACUAAUGUUGUUGUUGUUGUUGUUGCUUCCGCUGCUGCUGCUGUUGAUGUUGUUGUUUUCAAAUUAUAUUUCAAAAUAAUUCGGUGGAAAUCAAAGUGCUCAGUAUGUGGUAAAAUGUUGUAGCUUUGGCAACAUAAUAAACAAUUUGUAAAAAGUGAAUAUAUGGAGGUGUACUACAGAAUUUCAAGAGUAACACUUCUAAUCCUAAUUUUAUAACAAAUAUAUCAUAUUUUAAAUCAGUUUUAAAUGUUGUAUUUGUACAUUUGCAUGUUUUACAUAUACAUUUGUAGCGUAUUUUUGUAUAAUUUUGCGUUUUCAUGCUUUCUUCUGUAUCGAAAUUGCUUAAUAUAAUAUAAACACUGGGUGUGUCUGUCUUAUUAACGAUCAGAUCAGAUGAUUUUUUUUUUCGAAUCUGCAAAUUGUGUUCUUUGUAUAAAAUAGUAUUCUACAGAUUAGAUUAAUA